AUGUCUUUUCUGAACUUGCUGAUGGUUUCAGAUCGAAUCGACAUCUAUCGGACAUGGCAAAUACACACGAGGCUGCCACGCAUCAGAGACACUCUUGAUAUGGCGGCUUCAAGAUUCGUUACUGUGAAGAACUUAGGUCGUAUGCGUUAUGGACCCGCAAUCGCUAAGAUGAAAGAAACAUGCGAACAGAAAGUCGCCUACCGAAAACGAGUUUCCUGCAGUGAGCCAAUGGACAUUAUAUACAUCGUGGAACAUCCCCCAGUUUAUACCAUAGGGACAAGAACGCAACUCUACUUAGGCCCAUCAACAACUGAUUUCGAGAGGACGGAUGAAAAAUUGAAAAAACUCGGGGCAGAGUUCUAUAAAACAAACAGGGGUGGCUUAAUUACUUUUCAUGGUCCUGGACAAUUAGUUUGCUAUCCAGUUUUAAAUUUGCGCAACUUCAAACCGAGUGCAAGAUGGUACAUAAAUCGGCUUGAGCAAGUUGUAAUUGACACUUGUGCAGACUUUAAAAUUAAUGUUGGAAGGACAGCGGACAUCGGUGUAUGGACUGAGGAUCGAAAAAUUGCCGCAAUUGGUGUCCAUGUCAGCAAAUACAUUACAUCUCAUGGUUUAGCUCUAAAUUGCAACACCGACCUAUCAUGGUUUGACCACAUUGUGCCAUGCGGAAUUCAAGGAAAGAGCGUCACAUCACUUUCCAAGGAACUAAAUACAGAUAUCAAAAUAGAAGAUGUUGUGCCUAUUUUAUUAAAGAAAUUUCAAAAUUUAUUUAAUUGCCAAUUAAUCAUGUCGCAAUGA